GAAACAACAAAAAACAGCGUAAAUAAAUGCUUCAGAGCUUUUAUUACACCCUCGGAUCCAACCAAUCAUUUCCCAUACAAAAAUCCCUUUUUUAUCUUUUUCUUUUCUUUUCUGUUUUUUUGUUCUCUUAUAAUUUCAUCAAAACCCCUCAUCUCAAUCUCCUCAUUUACAUCAAUCUCUCCCAGUUUUUCCCCUUUCCACCUUAAAAAUUCGAUUUUGUGAUCUGGGUUCUUUCUUGAGGUGAAUUGAAGAGAAAUAGAGGGGGGAAAAGAUGGGGACAUUGAUGAGAUGUUGCUUGCAAUCGAUCCUAAAGCUGGUGAAUUCGGUGAUUGGAAUGGUGGGGAUCGGAAUGGUGUUGUACUCCCUUUGGAUGAUUAGGGUUUAUUACAAGCAUCCCAAUGUGCAUUGGACGGAUCAUAGCCCUCCUUGGUUCAUUUGCGUUUCUCUUGGAUUAGGUGUCUUUGUGUGCUUCGUAAGUUGCUCCGGCCAUGUCGCCGCAGAAACGUCUAAUGGCCAUUGCCUUUCAUGUUAUAUGUUUUUCAUCUUUUUGCUUAUCGCAAUGGAGGCUGCGAUAACAGCGGAUGUGUUUCUGAACAGAAACUGGGAGGAGGAUUUCCCAAAAGACCCAACUGGGAGAUUUGAGUCAUUCAAGAACUUCCUGAGGUCAAAUUUCGAGAUGUGCGAAUGGAUCGGCUUUGUGGUUGUCGCUGCGGAGGGAUUGUGUAUGUUCCUGUCCAUGAUUCUGAGAGCUCUUGGCCCAGAUCAUGGAAUUUACUGCGACCGCGAUGAAGAGAACAUGUACGCAACCGUUCCUCUUCUGGGAAACCAGGUUCAUCAGGCACCACCAUACUUCGCCGACCCUCUCCUACACAAGUGAUUGCUACAAUGUUAACUGGCAAUACGGCCGAGCCGCGCCCUUUCUAGAGGAAAAUCCUGUGUGUUUUCAGUUGUUGUAUUGUGAUCUUAAGAUGAUAGCAGCAACUACAUUAGCUAGUAAACAGUGUUGUGCAAGCCGUGAUUGCAAUACAUUAAGUGAUUUGCUCUUGACUAAUGUUGUGGAACUAGUAAACAAGCUAAGUGACUAAAUUAAUUUCUCAGUA